GGGGUGUCACAGUUUAUCUUGGGGAUGAAACAUAAAUCAUGCGUCCCUCUUAUCAAUAUCAUCAAUAUCAUCAAUAUCAACGACAAACAUCGCAUUCGGUCGAAUUGAAGGGAGAUUGCUAUACAUUCACUCUUCCUGCACCGCACUGUACUGUAUGUACAUGAUUAGCGCCGAGAGCGAACCCCCAAAUUCCUAGGCGCUGAAGCCGAUCUGUCAUGGUUUCAAUACCCUUAAUUGAUGGUUCAACAAGUUGGAAAACAUCUAAACCUGCCCACUAGGCUCGGGACAACGCUGAGAAGGGCCCCCUAGUCUUUUCAUUAAUUACCAUUACGAACGGCGGACACCCACGUUACCGUACCUAUUAUCGUGCAUAGGUAGAUAGAGAUUGCAGGUGAUUGACAGCCUGGUACUGUACAGAGUAUGCCUAGCCCGCUGCAAUAGCGCAGUCAUAUCCACACGCGCAGCAGCAUAUAAUACAGUGCCGCGCAGCACAGUAUCUACUUUUAAAUAUUUAUAUCGAGAAUAUCGUAGUUGUCGCAAGCCAUCUCAUAAUUCAGCACAUCGAGUCUCGAGAGUAGUGAACAACUCCACAAGUUGGUGACCAAUUACACAUCGCUUUCUACGUCACAUCUUUGGAAAUCGUUGGGAUAAACAACAUUGGAGCACGUUAUCGCUAUCAAAGAUGAAUACCAGACCCUUGAUAGAGAACUCAAGGAAUCCUACAGCCUUAUCAGCGUCUUUUAACCACGAUGCUAGCUGUUUUGCUGUUGGACUCGAUACAGGAUUCCGUGUGUUCAACACCGAAGCAUGCCAACAACGAGUUGCCAGAGAUUUCAAUGGCGGGGUUGGAACAGCACAGAUGCUUGGGAAUACCAACUACAUUGCUCUAGUUGGUGGUGGGAAACAACCAAAGUUCGCUCAGAAUAAGGUAAUCAUUUGGGAUGACUUGAAAGCAAAGGUUGCUGCACAAGUAUCGGUUCUUACCUCUGUUAGAGGAGUUCGAAUCACGAGGACUCACAUAGUAGUUGCACUUCUAAACAGCAUUCGUGUUUAUCAUUUCCAAAGCAACCCUACACUAUAUCAGGCUUAUGAAACUGCAAGCAAUCCUAAUGGGCUGUGUUGCUUGAGUGCCAGCAUCUUGAUAUUCCCCGGUAGGACAGCCGGGCAAGUACAAGUGGUCGAACUCAAUAGUGGAAAUGUUAGCAUUAUACCUGCUCACACGGGAGCUCUUCGAGCUCUAGCUUUAAGCCGUGACGAUGAGAUCAUUGCAACUGCCAGCGAAACUGGUACGCUGGUCAGAGUAUUUGCAACCAGCAAUUGUGCAAAGAUAGCUGAACUCAGACGAGGUGUUGAUCACGCCGAUAUUUUUUCCAUUUCCAUCUCCCCCUCAGGACAGCUCCUGGCUGUUACUUCUGACAAAGCUACGCUUCACGUUUUUGAUAUUCCACAUCCCUCAAAACCUCCACGAUCAGAAUCAGCGACUGGUCAUCGACGGCUCACAUCCCUUGGUGGCGGUGGUAGUCCAACGACUCCAGAUUCCGAUGCAAGAAACAAGUGGGGAAUUCUAGGGAAACUACCUUUGAUGCCCCGAUUGUUCUCGGACAUAUAUUCUUUUGCAACUGCCACAUUUUCCAUUGGCGAGGAGCCUUUGUCCACAUCUUCUAACCCACUAACAGCAAGCGACGCUGGACCUAAAGCCUCGAAAGGUGUCAUCGGAUGGACUAGUGACGAGAGUCUAAUUGUAGUUGGAGCGGGCACUGACAGCCGAUGGGAAAAAUUUAUCAUUGCCGAAGGUGAAGAUGGCAAGCGUUACUGUAUACGGGAUGGUUGGAAGAGAAUUAUGAGAGUCGAAUAAAUACUGGUCGUUUUUCAUGUAUGUAUGACACGACAUGGCAAGGAGCCGAAUACCCCUCACGAUUGGAGUUAAUUAGGUUGCAUUAUAUAUGGAUGGGCAUUGAGCGUGUAUUUGGAGGCUAUUCAUGCAUAAGAACUUGCAUAUUGAGUCAACUAGGUCAUAGAAUCUCUUGCA